GUUAUAAGAAACGGCAUAAGCGGUGGGUUUGUUAGACGCACCUCCAUUUCGUCGGGACGGGCGGUGAAGCAGCGUAAUGGAUGCGAAACCCGAUGGUGAUCUGAACCCGGGUCCUCGCGGCUACGCCCUAAGCGGCAAGGUUAUGCUCACAUCUACCGUCGUCCUCUUCGCUGCCGUCCUGCUCCUACUGUUCCUCCACCUCUACUUCCGCUCGCGAUUUUUCCUCCUCCGACGUCGCCAUCGCCGCCUCAGGCGACGCCUGAUCUUCUUCGUCGACGGCACCCUUCCCUCCUCUUCCUCCGCCGACCACCGCGGUCUCAACCCCACUGUCCUCAAAUCCCUCCCAGUUUUCGUUUUCGCCGCCGCAGCGGGCGGCGAGGAGGGGGACGACGACGUGGUGGAGUGCCCGGUGUGCCUGAAUGAGUUCGAGGAGGGGGAGAAGAUGCGGGCCCUCCCGAGGUGCGGCCACCGCUUCCACAUCGAGUGCAUCGACAUGUGGUUCCACUCCCACGCCACCUGUCCCCUUUGCCGCUCCGCCGUGGAGGCGUCGGCGCGGCUGCCGCUCCCCACGCCAGCGAAUCAGGUGCUCCUGCCAGUACCGGCGCCGCCGGAACCGGGACGGCCUUAUCCGGCGGAUCUGUUCGAGGAGUGCCGGAGGGAGGACGGAAUCGGGUCGUCGGCCUCGAGCUCCGCCACGGGGGAGCUUAGGAUCGAGGUGCCGAUGAGGGGAGCGGAGGGCGAGCAAGGGUUAGGGUUGAAGUCGCCGGGGAGCAGGAUGCUUCUGCUGACGAGGUUUCUUAGCAGGGAUGCGAGGGUUUGCCGCGGCGGAGGCACGGCGGCGGAGCCCGAUCCGGAGCGGGGAGUAGAGGCGGCGAACAGUACGCCGCCGCCACCGUCGGUACUGUAGCGUUGAGGCAACAGAGGGAUACGAUGGAUGGAUGGAUGGAUGGUAGGCGUCGAUAUGAAGAGGCCGCGGAUACGACGGAGCGUAGGAUUUUAAGGAAUUUUAUUUUCUUUAAUUCUUGUGAA